AGCAAAGUGAUCCCAACUGGAGAGCAGUGACAACCACUGACAUGCAGGAAGGACCUGAUAGAUAAUGCUCUGAUUGGAUGAGCAGGUUCUGGACUCCGGAUGGUGGAGGAGGAUGCUGGGGACUUUUAUUCAGUUUUUGUUUUUGUUUUUUAACUAUUUUUUUUAGCUCGUUUUUUUCUCAGCAGUGUUUUUGGGUUAAACUGAUGAUUAACACUGUUGUGUAAGAAAGGGCGGUGUUUCUGGUGGAGGGAGAAGGCCACGCCCCCUGGUUUCCUGCGGCAGUGCUGACAGGCAGGAAGUUACGGAAGUGUUCAGUCAGAUCAGUUCUGAAACCUGAAGCUUGUCUGUAAACAUCUCACCGCUGGAUACAGACCAGAACCGACUACUGACUACUGACUGAGCACUGAUUAACCCUUUAAACUCCUACUGCCUGCACGUGAGUCCACAGAUACACAAUCAUUCAUACUGGAUACUCAAUAAUUCAUACCAAAUACUAAAUCAUUAAUACUAGAUACUGAAUAAUUAAUACUAGAUAUUGAAUAAUUCAGAGCAGAUACUCAAUAAUUCAUACUGGAUCCAAAAAAAAUCAUAGAAGAUACUGAAAAAAUUAUACUAGAUACAUAAUAAUAAAAAGCAGAUACUGAAUAAUUCAUACUGAAUACUAAAUUAUUCUUAGCAGACACUGAAUGAUUGCAAAUUCAUAGCAAAUACUCAAUAAUUCAUAUUGGAUACUGAAUAUUUCAUAUCAGAUACAAAAAAAUCAUAACGGAUACUACAUAAUCCACGAUAGAAGCUUGAUAAUUCAUAGUAGAUACUGAAUAAUUCACAGUAGCUACUGACUACUUUACAGUGGUUACUAAAUUAAUCCAAAGUAGAUACUAAAUGAUUCACACUGGAUACUGCACAACUCAAAGGAAUGACUGAAUAAUUCACAGUAGAAACUGGGAACUGAAUAAUUAAUACUAAGUACUCAAUAAUUGAUACUAAAUACUGAAUAAUCCACAGUACAUACUAAACAAUUCACACUGGAUACUGAAUAGUUGAUAGCAACUACUGAAUAAUUAACAGUAGAUACUGGGUACUGAAUAAUUCAUACUAAGUACUCAAUAAUUGAUACUAGAUACUGAAUAAUCCAUAGUAGAUACUAAAUUUCUACACUGGAUACUGAAUAGUUGAUAGCAACUACUGAAUAAUUCAUACUGUACACUGAAUAAUCCAUAGCAGAUACUGAAACAUGUAUACUAGAUAUAUAAUAAAUCAAAGCAGAUACUGAAUAAUUCAUACUGGAGCCUAAAUAAUUCACAGCAGCUACUGAAUACUGAAUACUUCACAGUGGUUACUAGAUAUUCCAUAGUAGCUACUGAACAAUUCACAGUGGUUACUGAAUAGUUCAUACUGGAUACUUAAUAAUUCACAAUAGUUACUAAACAAUCCAUAGAAGCUACUGAAUAAUUCACAGUAAAUUCUGAACAAAACAGAUUAAUCCCUUAUUAAUUCAUAGUGAGUCUUAAAUAGUCUAUAGUCGAUACUGAAAUCAGAUGUGUAUUAUAUGCAAACUAGUUAUAAAAUUGUAUUGCUGGUCUAUUAAAUGUUAGUUAUUCUCGUUCAGUAUACAAUACAGUAUAGAGUUAUAUAGUACUGUAUAUAUUAUAAUUAUAGUAGUUUAUGCUGAAUCUGUAAUAUUAAUAGUUAAUAUCAGUUUAGUGUUUCUGGAGGAGUUUAAAGGGUUAACUGGAUCUUCCUGCAGAUGAUAAUAAUAUCAGUCUGUACUCGAGAGCGCCAUGUCUAACCCCGUCCCCGUCCCGACACUGACCGUCUUCCCGCCAUCGUCCGAAACCGAGUCCCGGUCCCGUUCCCCCAGCCCCCUCCCCCCCCGGCCCCCCCGCCCCCACCGGAGCCGCCAGCGCAGAACCGGCGCUCAGGAGAACCCACCAGAACCACAACCUCAGGACCAGAACCCGUCCCAGUGGUUGAGGAGCAGGGGGCGGAGCCUGUCCCCCAAAGUCCUGAAGCGUAAGGACAGGGUGAAGGAGGUGAGGGGGCCGGACGGGGUACACGGGCAGGGGGGCAGGUUCUCGCCCCUCCUCCUGCCCCCGUCCCGCUCCCGCUGGUCCCUCCGCAGCCUCAUCAGCAGGGACUCGGACUGGGACAGCAGCUGCAGGUCAGUGAGACCAAAAAUAUACAAAUAAAACAAAAAAUAAAGACUUAAUUAAGCUCCUCCCACAGAGAAAAAAAAUAAAGUGUGCUUAUUUCAACCCAAACAAGAAAAAAAGCUUGCUUAUGCUCCUCCCCCUGAUAAAAUGAACUAAAGUUAGCUUAAAAGUUUGCUUGUACAGUGUUUUAAUGGUGAGGAGAGCGAGGGGUUAAAGUUGUGUUUAAUACUAGUAAACAAUAGUGAAAGUGAGGAGAAAGGAAGGGUUAAAGUGUGUUUAAUACUAGUGUAUAAUUGUGAAGGUGAGGAGUCAGAGGGGUUAAAGGAGUGUUUAAUAGUAGUGUAUAAUAGUGAAUGUGAGGAGUGCGAGGGGUUAAAGGAGUGUUUAAUAGU